UCGUCAUGUUCAAAUAAACUCUCUUUCAACGAUACAUACAAGCCAACUGACACAACAUCACACUACAGCUACGAAACCUACCAGCCCAAGCAUCCUGUAAGCCAUCCCAUCCCACAUCUACCCAGCACCCGGACAAUCCCGGAACACACCACAUAACCUCGGCAUCAUCAUCAUAAUCAUAAUGACAAUCACAAUCCCACGCACACCUAUUUACAUCCCACGCACCCAAACGCCACAACCAGGAUCCCGAUCCCGCAUCUCUCUCACCGGAAAACCAUUUCCCACCAGCGCAGCCAAGAGAUGCUUGGAAAUGCUUAACACUCUGCCCCACCUACCGUCUGUAUCCCAUGGCUUGUCGAAUAGGAAGCUAGCGUAUCGGCGAGGCCGUGAUAUGAUUGAUGUGUCUUGUGUGUUGUGUCUUGUGGCGUGCUUACUGUGCUUACUGCGGGCUGCGGGUGAGUCUGGAAUAUUGAUCGGAUGAGAUGGGUCUGUUUCUCUGUGGCUCUGUCACCUUAGAAUGAUGAGAUAGGGGCUCGAAUGUGUGUUGUUACUGGGUUGGAGUUGUUUGGCAGGGGUGGUGAUAUGUCGUG